AUGGCGUUCUACAGUCAUUUUCGAAAAAUCACAGUAGAGCCUGUGUUGUUCUCUUACAUGAUGUGCUUAUUUAUGUCAUAUCCCCUUAUCCAACAGCUCGCGUUCAAAAAGAUUUGCCACGAGAAAUACAACAGUGAAAUUUGCAAAAACCUCACCAAGCCACAAGAAAUCUAUGUGCAGCAAAAGACAUCGAAAUGGAUUCUGUACCAGUCUGUUUCGUCGACUUUACCAUCGGUUUUUGCCUCCCUGCUCCUGGGUUCAUGGUCGGACAAAGUCGGGCGUAAAGUUAUCCUAAUUUUGCCGUCCGUAGGAAGCGUUUUGCUGUACAUUAAUUACAUAAUGAAUGCCGCAUUCUUUUCACUGAAUGUCAAUUUUAUUAUCAUUGGCGUUUCCAUCUCUGCGCUAUUUGGAGGUUUUGCUACCACGCUCCUGGGCGUUUUCUCCUACAUUUCGGACAUCACUGACAAGUCCCAGCGAACCACGAGAGUAGCUGUUUUAGAAUCCAUGAUAUUCCUUGGCGGGACUGCUGGCAAUUUGGUCGGUGGAGUGUUGGUUGAGCACCACGGUUUUAUGCCUGCGUUUGGCCUUUGCUUGGCCCUAAAUGUGUUAAUAAUACUGUACGUAAGUUUAGUCCUUCCAGAGUCUUAUUAUCCUCAACAAGAUCAGGAAGGAAACUGGGCUUUACUUGCAGUACACAAUCACCUGAAAGCAUCAAUAAAAGUCUUAACCAAGACUAGGCCUAAACAUCAAAGACUGAAUUUGCUAGUGAUUUUGUUUGGCAUACUGUCAUUCACUUUAAUCAGUAAGUAGGUUAUGUUAUUUUUAAUAUAAUUAUACAAGAAACCACCCAAAAUUACAGGCCAAGACAGCAUGCAAAGAAAGUAGUGUGGGAUAGCCCGGUGCUUGUGGAUUUUACUAUCGGGCUGACAGGCAAGUGAUGUUUUUUGAGCAAUUCAAAUGACAGAAGAACUAUGAAAUCAAUUCUGCUUGUCAAAAAGCGUCUGGGGUUAAAAUGUCAUCUGGGCUAGUAAAUGCUAGCUUCAGCUUGCCCGAAUGGCAAGCUGUAAAAAUGAUUUUCUUUGCACCCUGCAAGAUUUGGCAAUCUAGUACAGCAGUCCAGGUUUCCAAUAAGAAAUUUGAAUGACAGGUACAUCUGUCAGCAACAAGCACGUCUUCUCAGGGAAAGCAGAAAUAGGGGAAGGUGGACACUUUUUCUAGACUUACAAAGAGGAGAAUCUUCUCAACCUCCCCACUUAAAGUCACUAGUGAGGUCCUUCCCCCUUCACUGUCCCUACUUCUUAUUCUAAGAUGAUUUGUUGGACACAAUGUCUUAGGAGUAAUAAGGCAAGGGUAGUCUCUGCAGUCCAUUUUCGAACAGUAACUGAAAAUGGCUCACACACUCUGAAGUGUGGUAGACAUUGAUUUGUGGAGUCUAACUGUCUCCUUUCAACAUUCAAUGUCAGAACCAAACCCACUACCUACAGCAUUAACAUGGCUUUAUCCAGUUUGCAUAUUCAAUAAGAGGUCAAUGGAAUCUGUUUUUUUUUUUGGUGUGAUCAUUCUUAUGUAGCUCACAUGAACUAACACCAAUAUGCCUUGUGUACAAUGUAUUUGUCAUUCUUUGAAUGCUAGACAGUCCCCACACAGCUGUAUUUGAAACAACAGCUAUUUUCUUUAAUCUUUCAAAAUGUUCCAGAAGUCUCACAGUGAUCAAUGUUGCCAGACUUCACUUCUUACUAAUUCAGGUGGUUUCUAUAAAAAUUAUGAUCAUCACAAUUAUUGGGAAAUUAUUCAGAUCACUAGACAUUACAAAAUAUUGCAGCAAUGGAAAUCUGAUUAGUAUGUUAACCAUGUUGUAGAGUGUUUUAUUUCACCACGGAAUCAACUUAAGUCCAGGUGUAGCACUGUUGAGUGACUUGACUUUCUGGCAAACCAACAGCCAGUGCCGUACAUACAUGUAUAGGUGAAACUAAACCUCUGGUACGGUUAAGUCCGUCUGCAAGCCAGUGCUGAAAUCUUUGUGUUGGGUCCCUAAAAGUGUACUAGGAUUUGAGUAUAUUGUGCCAUGAUUGGCCUGUUAAAAGCCAACUGUUUUUGAUUAGCCAAUUAUUGAAGUGAAAGGGAAAAUGAAAACAUACCAUAAUUUUGGUAAUUUGUUGAGUCUGCCAGGGUUCCAUAACAAGGAUUUUGCUGCUGCCUCGCAGACAUUACUAGCAAGGGUGAGAUUAUAUCUGCGACACAGUACAGCAAACUGACUGCAAUUGGAUCACACCAUGUAUUAAACAGUCAUGAUGUAAAAGAAAAACGAAAUAUGUUAAACUAUAACCCACAAAAUAAGUGGUGACAGUCAGUGCUUUCAAGAGGUUCACUUUUUACUGGGGAAAUUUUGGUGCUUUGGAUUAAUGGUUAUAGCUUACAGUGUGUACAAGAAGUGGUCGACAGACAUAGACAUUUGACUUCAUCUCUUGUAAGCAAAGUAGUUUUCCCAGUCAUAUGCUCAGGAAUGGGCAUGGGUUAGCCCUUGGGGGAAAGGGAAGGGGCUGUGAUUUGUAUCGGUUUGGUUCAGUGAUGUUACGUAUAAUAGAUAUGUUGUUGUGAAAGGUUUAAACCCAGGAGUCAUUUCAUAAGUAGGUUGGGUAUGAUCAUCCGGAUGAAUGUAGUCCUUAAUCACAGGAACAGAUUCCCAUUUUUGGAUAUUUUAGGGUAUUUAAAGAAUACCCACAAAAAUCCCAAAUUUGAAAGAGUGAGACAAGUCCCAAUCAGGAAACUUGGUUGAGAAUUCCCUGACUGGGACUUGUCUCACUUUGCCAAAUUUGGGAUUUUUAUGGGUAUUCUUUAAAUACCCUAAAAUAUCCAAAAAUGGGAAUCCGUUAUUUUUUCCUGUGAAUAGGACUGUUGUUGUUCUUGGCAGUGACUGACUUUUUGACAACCUGUGCGGUAGUCAUCUUCAGAGACAAAGUGAGACUUUGUAUCACGUCAGUUGAUGGCAUUAAACUUUAGUUAUUGAACUGACCAGUCAAGAGGGAUGUUUUUGUUUGUCUGUCAGUUAAGCCGUACUGUUAUUGGCUAUGAAGACUCUUGAUGUCAUUGGUGUGAUUCAAUCCAUCAAAUUGUCAUUAAUAAUAAUAAUUGUAUAAUAAUUACUCACUUUCAUACGUUAUUGUUUUCAGUUUUUGGUGGGUUUAAUGAUAUCACAGCCCUGUACUGUAAGCGCAGCCCACGGAACUUCAGUCCAGCCUUAAUUGGUUAUUUUUUUGCGGAGGUAUCAUUUAUGAAAGGAAUUGGAGUUGUUUUGGUAAUACCAUUGCUGAACAAAAUCCCUGAAUGGACAGACCUUACAAUUGCCAUUACUGGUGCCGUUGUAAGCAUUGGAUUUUAUAUAUUCCUUGCUUUUGCAUCAAACAAAUGGAUGAUGUUUGUUGGUGAGCUUAAUGUGUGUGAGGUGGCUGUGUGACUGGUCCUGCAGGAAACAGUUAAGUUUGUUUCCCGUGAAUCGAGGGAAACACACAAAUUGAGGGGAGCAAAAUUAACUGUUUCCCCAAGGGAUCAGUCUUUAUAAAAUGAUUUGUUAUAAUUAUAGCUGGAAAUUCAUUUGUAAACCUCACUGUAACGGCGGUUGUUGGUCAACAUUUGUGGGUAACAGUACACUGUUACCCUCUGACAUAAAAAGAGUUUGCAUUAUUGCCCACUCAGAGAUUUUGGUGGGAAACAGUUUCAUUGUUAGAUGUCAUGUGACCUUGAAGUAACCAAUGAGAGCACACCCUGUUGGGAAAAAAUUUCCAGCUAUAGAACAGUAAUAUUGGAAAAUAUUAUGUUUAUAAAGGGUUUCGUUUAUUGUUUUGUCUUGUAAUUGUCACUUAGAUUUUUACUGCAUACUGCAGGUCUUUCUUUAUCCUGUGAGCAGAGUCUUCUGCGAUUUUCCUAGGAAGAUGCUCGCAGGGUAGUCUUUCUUCAUCAUGGUCAAAACAUCAAGAUUUUUAAGCAAUAAAUGAAACCUGUUGUAUAUACAUUAACCACUAUAAACAAUAUCUUUCAUGAAAAUAUCCUGUUUUUUUACUUUAAAUCUGCUUAAAGAAGAUCAUGUGACCGUAAGCUGCAAAGGGGCCUAUUGAUUGUUUAAUACUUUUUCCAGGUGGAUUAAUUGCUGUGGGUAGUAGUAUCCUACCUCCAUGUAUGAGGUCCAAGUUGUCAAAACAAGUGGAACCAUCUGAGCUGGGUAAGUGACAAUAGUUGAGCAAAAUGAUAUUGUGUAGUACAAGAAAAAAUCCAUAGUCCUCUCCCCCUGGAGGGCAACAGAAAUUCCUAGGGGAAGGGGGGUCUGAAAGGAGGUAAUUUCACGGCAAGGGGGUUGGGGAUGGCUUCUUGAGGUCUUUUUUGUGGGGGCUCCAAGUAAGAUUGGUAAAAUCUCUGUUGUGAAUAAAACUGAGCAUGAAUGUUAUUAUGGUUGUAUGCUGAAUGAUGAGUGGGAUAAUAUUUAUUUAUUAUAGUAAUGAUAAUAUUGUUAUUAUACAAUUAUUAUUAUCAUUAUUAUUUUAUGUAGACAUAAAUUUCAUUGAUAGUUUUUUUACAGUUGUUUUUUUUUACGGCUUUUUUUAAUUGUUACGUCACUAUCAUUCAUUUUUGUCAAUUGUCACACAACAAUGUUGUACCGUGCAACUCACCCCUGACACUAUUCUUUUAGUACAGUGUAUGUAAUGUUUUUUUAUGUUUUCCUUUGCUGAUUGUAACCCUAUACUUCCUUAAUGAGACAACUAAGGGAGAGGGAGUGGGGGGAGUUUAUUUGUUAUAUUACAACCAAUAUUUCUUUGACUGAUCUUGAUUCACUGUGGCCCAUUAAUAACACUGGUAUCUUUUUCAAUUUACAUUUUGAUGUUUUUUUCAGGUACAAUGUUUGCUCUAACUGCAUCAUUAGAAGUUUUAGAGACUCUGUUAGCCUCUGUUAUCUUCAACAAUAUUUACAGUGCUACUGUGGAUUGGAUGCCUGGGCUUUGUUACCUUUUGAUGUCAGCAAUACUCCUCAUCCCAAUAUUCUUAAUGAUGUGAGUUGCAUUUACAACACAAGUAAAAUAAUGAUUAUAAUAGUAAUAAUAAUAAUAAUAAUACCAGAAAUAAUAAUAAUAAUUUAAUAGUCAUCAUUGUCAUCAUCAUCAUCAAAAUCAUCAUUGUCAUCAUCAUCAUUAUUGUGAUAAUAUUAUCAAAAAGAUCUGGAAAUCAAAGUUGCUGGAAUGUAGGGUAGCAAGGCUAAUUAACUGAUCCCUGUGGACUGUAAGUGAACUACUAGAGUUGAAAGGGUUAAGUUUAGUAUUAAUUACCUUUUAGAGUUAUAAAAACAGGUUUGAUUUUCUUAACUUGGUAAUGCUGUUGCUCCUCCAUUUUUAGCUGGUUGUACAUGUUACAAAGACGUGAUGAUGUUUAUUCAGCAAUGGAUUCUGUGGGCAUAUUAUCAAGCUCAGAGCAUUCUGUCAAUUAUGGAUCUCCUAGUGAAGAUGCACAAGCAUAAAAGCAUUGCACUGCAGUGGCGGCUGGUAUUUUGUGGCUAAUUUUCUAGCCAUAGGGAACCUUUGUACCCUAGUAAUAUACAUAUGCAUGUAAUGUUGAAUCCUUUAAUAAGCCCUAAGAG